AUGGAUAACGACGACUAUUCUCACAUUACUUCGCAAUUAGAUGCUAGAGAAAUAUUAAGAUACUUAAAUAACUUAGGCAUUCGGAAUAUAAGUGGAGAAGUACUUAAAUAUUUCAUAACUGAUCUCAAAAAACUUAUUAAAUAUGACCUACAACAUAAAAAUGAAGAUCAAAGUGCUAGAACUCACAAAUCUGAUAGUAUUGGUCCAGAAAGGUUACAUAGUGCAAGUACAUUUUCAUCUAGAAUAAAGUCAAAAGUACAAGAUACUGAUAUAGUGUGUAACAGAAUGUGUCAAAAAAUUAGGAAAUUACCUAAUAUUCGGACUACUUACUCUGCUCCUAACUUGGGUAAUAAAAAAGAAGAAGAAAAUUUACCAAGAAGAGCAUGUUCAUGUGUUAGAAUCGAAAAAAAAAGAGAAACUACAAAAGAGCCGCAUAAAGUUACUUUAAACAAUAAUUUUAUCAAAAUUCCUAAGCAACCAAUUAGAAGAAAAAAUGAUCCUGUUGCUUUAUACCACUACUACACAUCACUUUGGGCUAAGUAUAAGCCAAAUGUACCUGGAGAGAAUAAUUGGUCAGAUCUGAGAUGGAAUAUAAGACAGAAAAUGGUAGGAAAUAUUGGUUCACAGACAUCUACCAAAGUUGUAGAAAAA